AUGGAGGCCCGCGUCGCUCGGGCCAUGGAGCUGGCCCAAGGACCGCGGAUAAGCGUGACGGACGAGGAAGUGGCGGCGCAGAUCCGGCGCGAGGCUGCGCGCAAGAAGGAGCGGGCAAAGGAGCUCGGCGUCAUGAGCUACAUGCUGCCCGUGGCGCCAGCGACGAACGUCAACAAAGGCUUCCUCCUCAACACGAUCCGAGGCGUCGACUCGCACAACAAGCGCCAAGAGAUCGACCAAUGCUGGCGGAAGCGCGACCUCGAAGCUAAAGUCCACCGGCGGCGGUCUCGCUCGCGCGACCGAUCUCGGUCCCGAGAGCGACGCCACCGGAGGCGCAGCUCCAGCCUUGAUCGCCGCCAUCAACGACGCAGCGCAAGUCGCAGUCCGUCGCCGACGCGGGCGGAGGACGAGCGAUCGUACUGGGCCGAGCGCAAGGCCGCGCGGACCGCCGAGCUCCUCGCCCAGCUGGACGGCCGCAGUUGCACGCUCGAGAACGCGCCAAAUUACGACGAGAGCUCGUCGUCCGAGAGCGACGAAGCCAAAGCCAAAAGAGCGGCGAAGAAGGCUGCCAAACAGGCCAAGCGCGCCAAGAAGAAGGCGAAGAAGAAGAAGGUCAAGAAGGACGCGCGGUCCUAG